GCAGUGAGGGGACGUGGAUAUCAGUGGAAGAUGUCUUAAUCGCCUUAUCUGGAGCCGCCGCCUUAUCAGUUGUGGGUGGAGACGGUGGCUCUGCAGGCGCUUCCACUCAGUCAGUAGUGCCUUGCCCCAUUGUGUUGCCGGGUCACUCAGCAGCUACUCCCCGCCUCGCUGACUCGUGUGACGCCUCAGCCGCCGCCGUCAUUCGUGAAGUGGAAAAGUGGAAAAGUUGAAAAGUGUCCAUGCGAAAUUGUUAUGAAAAAUACAGAAUAAGUACAUUGUUAGUAAGCAAGCAAAAGAUAAAAAGACAUAACUAGAGGGGCACGUGUGGUAUACAGUUUACUAAAGAAAAAAAAAAAAAAAAAAACAUUGAAGUGUGCACCCGCAAGCCUCGUCACGAUGUAGCUGGUGGUUCGUUCAGACCAGUGACAGAGCACUAGUGUCAGUGUUAACGCGGCGUGAACCACAGCCAUCACCGCCAGCGCCUUCUGCACGUGUAUACACUGGCGAGGUGGUGAGGCCAAAGCAGCGGCCUGAGACUCCUGGAGGCGUGUAGUGAGCAGCAGGAAGGGAAACAGGAGUCACAAGAGGAGGUUGCGGUGGUGGCGCUACACAGAUCAGUGCUUAACCUUAUCAAGCGUGUUGAUAGUGAUAUGCGUUGUCGCCUGUUCGUGCCCCUUUCUGCACGUGCUCGAGCAACUUCUCACGUGCGCGAAUCCUGCUCCCUUGACUGCGUCACACGUGCUCCUCGGUGGCUGACUUGCAGCUUCUUCCAAUUCCUCGGUAAAGAAACGCACUCGACCGCGGGCGCACCAUGGGUCUGCACGAGGUGGUGGUGAUCACGCCGGCAUCCAGCACCACGCUCUCCAAAGCGCUUAACCGCAUCCUUCCUCGCCGCUUCAGAAGAUGUGACGGCUGCCAUCGGAGGGAGAAGGACUGUACUUGUCGCUUCCAGUUCUUCAGAGGAAAUGGUGUCGCUGAGCAGUAUCUGGCAGGUGUGGGAGAGUCAGUCCUCACAGUCACUCGAGCAGGCCUUACGGGCGGCGGCCUCCUUCACCAGCACCACCACAACACAGGAGCGCCACCGCCACCUCACUGUCACCACCACCACUAUCAACAGCAGAGCCAGCGAGAACACUCCACUCCAGGCCUCUCCUCCACACUCCCCUGCCCCUCCUCCCACCCCGUCAUUCUCUCCCACAUUAUUCCUGCCCACACACAGCUCGCCACCACCACAGAGCCCUCCCCCUCCACCCGAGGCUUGGACCAUCCUCCCUGGGUCCCCAACCGUGUCAACGCCUCCCCCCAGCACCCCAACCCCCACCAGCAGCGUGGGACAGGCGGUGGAGUACGACGCCCCAGUGGUGAUUUCUCCCCCUUGGCCAGCAGCCUCCACCACCAGCACCACCACAGCCAGGGUAGGCUGCCGCUAACCACCACCACCACCUCAGACAUGCCUGUUAACGGGUUGGGAAGCUUGGUCACCAGUGGAAAUUGUGGAGGCGGCGGUGGGCCUCUUUCAAUCCCUCCUCCUACUCUUCUUCCCCCUCCACCUCCAACCACCACCACUGUAACCACCACUACUAUCUUUGACUCCAACACCAACAACAUCCUCAAUAAUAACCACCAUAACAACAACAACCAGCUUAAUAACCUCCAUCCUUUCGACACCACCUCCUCCACCACCUCCUCGUCCAUCUCCAAUACCAACACGUCCUCCAUCUCGGCCUCCUCCCGCUGCCCUCCACUUCACGAUCUGCACGACUACGCCGGUGGCGGGUCUGAGGGUGACAACUAUCAGACUGGCAGCGGGGAUGGGUCGGAGUGUGAGCCGUGCCUCAUCCAGUUGGAGGAGCGACUCAUCAAAAGCUACCCCAUCUGGUUCCUACCUGACUUACAGCGAUCCGGCGCCGUUCAUCUCCUGCAAGGGAAAGACGAAGGGAACUUUAUUGUGCGGCAGAGCAGCCAGCUAAACACCCGAGCCCUCAGCGUGCGUCUCCCGCCGGACAAGGGGCCCUACAUCCAGCACUAUCUCAUUGAAAUCCAUAACGACGGCUCCUCUUACUCGCUCGAAGCUUCUGAAAACCGCUUCGACACCCUUCCCUCGCUUAUCGCCUAUUACUCUCAGUGCUGCGACGAGUUGCCGGUUCAGCUCAAGCUUCCCCGCACCAUCCAGGAGGCCAAGACCCGCCAUGAACUCAGCUCUCUAUCGCUGCUCGGACAAGAAUUUUGGGGAACAGUGAUGGCCAGCCCCACAGCCAGCACCCCAACAGCUGAGAGUCACCACAGCAAUGCCCCAACACCUUCCCCACGACCUCAUGACCUGUCCUUCAGCAGUUUUGGAAAAGGCGGUGUUACACGAGGAACGUCCUCCACCAGUCUACUGUCUCCACAAACACUUGCAGGAGUGUGUGCCUCUGGAGGGUCAUUAGGCAGCUCUGUUGGAGGCUCCACAUCACCACUCACACCAGUAAGACCAGCUCCUCCACUACCAUCUCCAGGGGACCGCUCAUCCCUUAACUUGAACUUGGCCCCUCUUGAAGAGUUCUUGAAGGAUCAGCCAACAUUCACAUCCUUCCGUUCCCAACCUGCCACUCCAGUCAGUCAACUAAAGCCCAGCACUCCGAGCACAAAACCAGUACCUCCUCCACGCUCCAGUCCGCCUGGUGUGCAGCGGACCAGCCAAAUUAGUCCACCAAGCUCACAGAGAUUGCAAAGCAAGCCUGUGCCUGCAGCUAGGUUCAGCCCACCCAUAGGAUCUGACAUAGGAACCCCCACCAGUGAAAAUGGGGAGUUAGUUUCACGUCAAAUCCAAGCACCAGUGCCACCCCCUCGCUGGGCUCGACCUUGCAUAACGACAUCACCAUCAAACAUUACUGUCACUACCACCUUAACUCUAAAUGUCAAUCAAGUGAAAGCUCUUCCACUGCAGGUUGAUGAAAGUCAGGAAGGAAUGACAGUUCAUAUAUCAAAUCUUGAAAUUUCUCCAAGUAGUAGUAAUACCACCCCAUCAAAUGCUCUUAGCUCAACACCCAAUGGCAACCAAAGUGGAACAUUAAAUGGUUACAGAGAUGGCCUUCAUUUGCAGAUUCGACAACAGAUAACGUCACCCCAGAGUACCCCCUGUACUCCCUGUGGACCAAGCACCCCACUUGGUGAGGAGGGGAUGUCAAGGGUCAGAAUGAGGAAUGGGAAGCGUGACAAAAGGAGACAUUCCAACCAUUACCAUGAGGCAAACAUUAUUGACAGUAAUGCCUUGUAUUGUAGAUCUUCUGUUGUGGACAAAAUGAGUGACUAUGAGGAUUUGUGGUCUAGUCCUCCUCGUGAAAUCCCUUCAACACCAAGUCCAUCUCAGCCCAAAAUGUUAACUUUUAAACCUCGUAAUGAAAUUUCAAAGUCAAUGGGGGAUUUGAGUGAAAUAGCAAAAAAUCCAAAAUCAACACACUUUACUUACAAUGCAGACACUAAUGUUGGUGAUGGGAGUACUGGUAAUGAAAAGAAUGGCAAUGGCAACAGCACAGAUUCUAUCAGCUCUUACCGGAAAAAUUCCAGUCCCUUCUACAUGGAACCAGCAGAUGCUUUAAAGGAAUUACAGCCACAAGCGAGAAUAAACAAGGCCUCAAAUGUAUUGCCAAAAAAAGUAAACAAUCGCUAUUCAGACUCUAACAUCCAAUGGAAGACCAGAAAAAGCCACAACUCACUAGGUAUCAUAGACUCUAAUGAAGAUUUACCUUCAACAUCCAGCACAGAAAAUCUUGCAAAUGGGAGAACAAAUGAAAUAAGUAAUAUCAAAACAGAAGAGGAGACCAAUAGAAACAUUGAAAAUGAAAAGAAUAAACUCAAUGCAAGGCAUUUAACCAAUGGCCAGGGACGAAAUGAAGUACGGAGGCAUUCCAGACUUGGGGGCCGAGGAAAGCCCAUAGUGCCGCCAAGAAUUGGCAUUGAUUCUCAUGCGUCAAAUGGAGACCAGAGUGCAGACAUUGGUUGUCACUUGGCAUCCUCUUGGGAGUACCAUCUUCAUGGUUCAGAUACAGAGGACAUAUCAGGUGGUGAGAGCAGAUUCCCUGUAGAUGAUAAUGGAGAGUCUGAUAGUGUAAUCAUACCUGGAGAAAGAACUGUUCAGGAUUUGAUCUCUGAAAAACAUCCUGAUCUAAUGCCAUCAGAUGCACAUUCCAUAGCACCAAGCUCUGUAACACGCAUCAGUGAGUACGACAAUGUUGGCAGUCAUGGUGCCAGUUUUCGUACGGAGGACCAACACCAGAAGGCUCCAAACCACAAAACCUCUCGCAGCAUCCUUCCUGAGGAGCGUAUCCAUCCACCUCUUCCAACUCAUUACUUCCCCUCAACUGUUAGUGACUCAGGCACAGAGUUUUCUGAACCUUGGGAUUCACGCAAGUGGGAGCCCUUCAUGCAUUCUGAGGACGAUUCGUCUGUGGACCAUUAUCCACGUAGCUUGACAGCAACUCCAGCUCUGUGCACCAACACACUUGAAGACUCUGACAUGGGUGGUGCUGGAGUCACUGAUACAGACUCCUUUGUUCAUGUGAUUGGUGGUGAGAAUGUAGCUGUUAGUGAUGAUGAUGAUGCUGGAUCCAUUUCAGGAACACCUACCCUAUCCCUUGCUCAUGCUCACAACCUUGAUACACAGCAGCGCUCAAGAAUAAUGUCUCCUCAGCUCUUGGCUUUAAGACACAGACAAGAUGCUGAGAAUGGUGUUGCGAUAAGAGCAUAUGCCGUGGAUCUGGGCAAUGAUACAUCAACAACCUUCAGUCAGGCAGUGAGCAACUUCAUUACUUGUACCUUGGAGAGCCCUGAGAAGGACCCAGCCAUUGUCACUCGCAAUGUGCGGCAGUUCAUGUCAGGGAUGAAGAAUUAUUUAGUGACAAGUGGAGAGAAGGAGUUUGAAGCAAUUGUAAAGAAACAACAGAGUAAUCUUAAAGCAACAGAAUUUCUAAAUUUGGAUGCCAUCCUGGAGGAUGUCUUGGUUCGCCUUGUGUUGCGGCCAUUGUGGAACCACAUCAACAAACUCUUUGUGGAUGCAUACUCUGCCAAUGGCUCCAUCCAGCAGUUGGCCACCAACAUGAAGUAUGCCCGCUCACAGCAGUACAUUCGGCUUGGGAUAAAGGCUGAAUUAUCGCCACCCAGUGGAGCUUCUUUGGAUACCAUCCGUAGCUUAUUGACACGCAUGCAGAAAGUUUAUGCUCCAAGAGAAAAACUGGAAUCUCUCUUGGCAACUAUUUCACAUAUUUAUCAAGCUAUGUAUGAGAAUGGAAACACUUCUGGUUCAGGUGAUGCUGAUGACCUUGUGCCCAUGAUCAUGUGGGUCUUGUGUCAGUCAGGGAUGGUCUCUGCAGAAGUAGAAGCAGACUACAUGUGGGGUCUCCUGCUCCCCAGUGCUUCGUCUGGAGAAGCCUCGUACUAUCUGGAAGCCUUCCACUCUGCUAUUCAUGCACUCAAGAACCUCGCUCCAUCACCUGAGCCUUCACCUGGAAACAGCCUGGAUUCUGUCAAACCGGAUGUAUCAGUGGUGUCAGAUCAAGGCAUCAUGAAGAUAGUAAUUCCUGAUGAGAAGAAUGGAAGCAUAGUGACACGCACAUUACCUAUUCGCCCAGCAACCACCACUCGGGAGGUGUGCAAAAUGAUGGCUCAUAAACUCAAAGUUACAAAUCCACAAGAUUACGGACUCUACAAGCUUGUAGAUGGUCUAGAAAGUCUUCUGGCUGACAAUGAAUGUCCACACAAAGUGAAAUCUGACCUCUCCGCCAGUGGCUUCCACUGUACGUUUGCAUUCAAGCGCAUGGAUGCCAAAAUUGCUUGGCCAAUACUCACCUGAUCAGAUUAAUAUAAUUGCCUGAUCUGAAUAUAAUUGAUCACGAUCUGAAGCACAUCACCAAGAAAAUAUCUCACUCAGUGAAUUGUCUGCAGUGUUCCAGAUGAUGCAUGUGUGGUGACAAAUUACUUAGUGAUGUAAACAUUAGAUUAAAACUAUAAGAUCUGAAGGGAAGGAAUAUAUCCCUAGACUGCAGCUCUGAGUCUUUGCCCUUGAAGUUGGAGACACUGAUAUGGUGUGCUGAAGUAAAAUUUAAUAUUUUACAACAAGUAAGAAGGUAUGGCAAGAACAUUUUUUUAAAUUCAUGUAAAUGAUAUGUAAAACAGUUUGUAAAGACUUUUUCCAAUACUGCCAGGGCAUUAAUUUGAAUGAAGGAAACCAUCUCAGGAAAGAAAAUAAUCAAGUUAACUAUUUUUCUUUCCUUGUAGAUGUGCAAUCUUCAACAGAGUAAGAACACAACUCUAUCUUUUGUACCAGAUCAAACGUUUCAUACCACUCCCAGGACUCAAUGUAAAAUAUAUUUUGUUAUUGUUAUUUCUCCCAUGAAACUUUAUAGAACACUUAAUGUUUAUUUAGGUACCAGUCCUUAUUAGUAGUACCAUAUAUCUUCAGAAAAUAUAACUAUCUAAUAUAUAGCUACUAUAUAAUCUCAGAGGAUAUGAUGGAGGAAAACAAUCUGUUGAAAAGUGACAGGAGGACCAAAUAUCUGACUUGGAGUUAACUUUCACCCUGUGAUGUGUGACAACACAGAGGAGGGAACACCCUGCUGUGCCCGACCCUUACUAUAUAUGUCAUACAUAACCUUCUGAGUUUGUACAUAUUGUUUAUAAUUAUGUCAUGUUUGGUCAUUUUAUGUAUAAUUAAAGAAUCUCAUUCUGUAUGUUAUAUAAAGUGUGUUGAUGUGAGAAUUGACCUGAUUAAAAAAAACUACAUCUUGCAAAGUUGACUUAUGAAGCUUUGCAUUUUUCAGCAUUUUCAAUAAGAAUUAGUUAUAUUACAUAAGAUCCCUUUUAAUUCUUACUUUCAUUUGAUUAUUCUUCCACAUAUCUUUUUAAGAAUAGUUAAUGCAGGAGCUCGUGUAAAUUGUCAUUAUAUAUAUAUAUAUAUAUAUAUAUAUAUAUAUAUAUAUAUAUAUAUAUAUAUAUAUAUAUAUAUAUAUAUAUAUAUAUAUAUAUAAAUUUUUUCCCUGCCAUGAAGUGUAGUCAUGGGCACUGGAAUCAGCUAGCAUUAAGAAAUAGGCCUUAGUUUUUGCUCAAUAUCACAUACUGCUGAUGCGACUGGAUUUUAUGAUUAACUUAGGUUCCCCACAAUGAUCAGAAGUGUAUUGUCACUACAGCUGUGGGAACAAGAAAUCUUGUGUCUCACACAAUACAGAUGGAAAUCUAUCUGACACUUGAUUUUGGAUAGUUACAAACCCUGAAGCAGUUUUACAAAAGAUUUCCUGGAAUCUAUUUUUUAUUACCAUGGUCCAGGACAAGUGAAAUGUUUUCAUACAGUGCCAUCCUUAUUUUGCUAUUUUCAUUAAUCAUCAGGGUUCCUGCAUUUUGAGCUCAAAUGCUUUCAUUUUUCAUGCUAGUGAAUUAUUUUAUACUUUUAUAAAGAACUCUAACCAUAUCACACUAGGUCUAGGUUAAGAGUAGAUAAUGACUGGUGUAAUAUUUACAUGUCGUUUUUUGUAUAUAUUGUACUUUUUUUUUGCAAAUAUUGCUAAAUGGCUGUGUUACAGUUGGUGUUAGGGCCACCUAUUAGUUUGCUGUACUAAACCUUUAUUUUAUGUCUAUAUUUGAAAUUUCACUAAGCUUAAACCUUAAAACAGAUCUAUAUUCCUUGUUUUUAGACAUUUCAAACUUUUAGGUGGUCGUGUUUGUGUACAACGUCUAGUCAUUGCUUGGUAAUUGUAGUUGCAUUUCAAGCUUUUUUAUAUACUAAUAUCAAACAUUAUUAGAUCUACUUCCAGAUCUUAUGAUUGAAAAUGUAAUGGUAUAUUAUUAGCAUUCAUAUGUUAUGACAUAGAUUUCCGAAUGUCUACAAAAAUAAUAAAAGCAGUUCAAUUA